AUGGAUAUCCCUGAUGCAGACUUCGCUACGGCAAAAUCAACUUGUUACCGAGGCCUCGUCCGAGUGGCGCUACAUGCGCUUGACUUCGAUCAUCGAUUAGCCGUAAACAAACACCGGGAAGUCGCGCAACAAAAUGUUAAACGCCUAGAAAAGAUAUUCGAAAGAGUUGGUUGUCUCCGAUUGCAAGAGGAUAAUGUGGUUAAUGCAGUUAUUCCUGAUGACGACCUAAGCGUAGCUUUAGCCUCACGUGGAAUGACUUUAGAUGAGUUGCGCAGUGUUCAAUGGCCACAGGAUGCACCGGUACUGGAUCUAAGGAAUGUAAAAUGUCUGUCAGGAUUGCACCAAACACCCAAACCAAUUCUCAUCCGCAUCGUUGAGUCGUAUUCCAACGAAGAGAAGCCUUCAGAUGGCGAGAUCUUCCGCAAGAUACGCUUAUACCACAGGGAAGGCAACGAAGAGGCUGAAAAUCGGUGGUGGAGUCGCCUCGAUAAAUCCAAGCCCAAAGAUUUGCGCCAAUUACUUAAAAGAACUAAGCUUGCUUUAAAAUUUGAUGCACUUAUAGACAUGCCAGGGCUGUGGGCGAAAGUGCAGAUUGGGGCCCUUCACAGACUUCUAGUAUUGAAAUGCGAUGAGGAGAUGAUAGAGUAUCUGAGCCAUGUCGUAGAGGCCUGGAAAGGCUUUCUACGCUGCGGACAAACGACCUUGCCUUUCUCGGUUGUGGACACGGCCACCGUGCAAAAUCUCGAACUUCUGGUACCUAAAUAUUCAGAUAUAGACAAAGAAUCAGUGGUUGAUCUUAUGGAACGCAGGGUCAUAUUUCCUUCGCAAGUUGACCAACGGAUACGAAAGAAUUUGGUCGACAACAUCUGCGCCUUCCCAGGUGCCAUUCCAUCUCUGCGAACUUUCUUCGAGAUGCUAAAGUAUCUGGAGCCAAUAUGCGAGGCUCUGAGACAACUUUUAGGCGAAAACCUAAAGAAUACCAUUCGGUCGAGCCUUAUGGGACGGUUUUUUGCCCCUGCCAAAACAUUGGUACAGGCCUCGGAGACCGAGGAUGUGGAGAUUAAACCAACAAUCAAUAAGGAAACGAAGGCGAUGAUUGCAUAUACAGAGUUGUGGGCAUUUUGUGGGCGUCACUCUGAUGGGUUGACUGCGUUUACACCAAGAAAAGAGGUCAGUGGCGCAAAACCGCGUGUCAAUGGGCCAAAUCCAGUGAUCUGGCAGCACCUUGCUAGAUUUGCGAUAUCGAGAGGUUUCAGGAUACCACAUGCUGAAGCAUUAGUAGAAAAGGAGGGUGACUUUCAGUCUCAACUUGCUUUAGAGUACCUCCAAAAAGCCAACCCAACCACACCCCGCUUUAGCAGUGCUCACGUCCAGCAAGUUCUAGUUGCUAGCCAAGUAGAGGACACCGCUCGUAGUAGCGACAGGUUUGACACGGAUACGGAACAUAUGAAUAUAGAUAGGCGAAGUGGUCGUCCCUUCGCACGAGUCUUCGCAAAGGACAAGGAGAUACUUUUUUUCCCACGGAUAUAUGACACAACGCCUUGCAAACACGCUAGUUUAUCUCUUAUGCGCCACGACCUCUACUCGCGUAUCUUCGGUCGUUUCGAGUUCCAGAUUGACGACUUUGGGCCACCCACAAGUGUCCUAACAAUGACGGAGGCAAUGGAUAUUGAUACCCCUAGCGACUCCGUGGAAUUACUCCUGCGAUGUGAGGCCCUUAAGGAGGAGAAUCGUAACCUCCAGGUUCAGCGUGAUGAGAUCGAAAGGAAAUACACCACAGAUCACAAUAGACUCGAGCAACUUAAGAAGGAUUUGGCCAUCGCCCGGGAGCGAAUUGAGAGCACUAACUCCAAAUAUGAUCAGGUCAAUACGCUAUACCUUAGGCUAAAGCAGACGCCUAACGACACCGCGGAAUUACUCCUGCGUUAUGAGGCCCUUCACGAGGAGAAUCGUAGCCUCCUCUUUCAGCGUGAUGCCCUCGAAGGGAAAUACACCGCAGAUUGCAGCGAUCUCCGGAACAAUUUGACUAAUGCUCAGGAGCGCAUCGAGCGAGCUACCUUCGAAUAUGACCAGAUCAACACACUUUACCUUGGACUGAAGCAAAAACAUAGCACCUGUCAGGCGACUAUCGACCAUCUUCGCAACAAGGCACCAGAUAUGACAAAGAGAAAGAAGAAGCUUGAGUCCAGACGUGCACAAAUCCAGCAGGAGCGCAACGACGUUCAGCAGAGUUCUGAGUCAAAUGCGUUGAUCAGGAUAGAAUCUGCGGCAGCGAGUGUGGAAUUUCUGGAAGGUAAUGACGAGCUCAUACUAGAGGACCAGCGACCUUGUGAAUGGAAUUCGUGUUAUAAUGGGGAGCAGCAUGAGAUAUUCAUCGCUCUUUCUAACGCCGCAGAUGGCAACAUGCGGGGUUAUAGCUAUCUGCUGAGUCAAGACCCUCUUGAGGCUAUCACUAGCAUCGAAAAAUUAUUGCGCGAGGCUAAAGAGCGAUUCAGCCAGAGUCAAUACGGUGCCAUGACCAUCCUGGGAAAGCAUCUUACACCAAUGACGCCUACAUAUCUCUUACAAUGUUUGGCGCAAACCCGCACUAUAUUCAUCGGUCCAUCAUCCAUCUUAGCGGCAUAUAACACAGGAACAGCUCUCAUGAAGGCAAGUUCAUUGCAGGGCCCAUCCACUAUCGCGGAGGUUACUCGGGGCAUACGGAGGCAACGAGAUGAUAGCGAUGAUGAUGAUGAACGCCUGGAGACUAUUACAGCGAGCACAACUGACGGACGCAUCAUAAGAUAUGCGAAGACUAAGCUUACGGAAAAGAGAAGGCUUCUAGAAGCAGAACCAGAAGAGGUAGUAGGAGAAAUGAGGCUUCUAGAACCCGCACCAGCCCCAGCGCCAGAAGCAGUGGCAGAGGAAGCGAGGCUCAUAGAACCAGCUCCACCAAAGGUGGUGAAGGACAGGUGGAUUCUAAAACCGGCGCCAGACGCGGCAGAGGAAGGGAGGCUUCUAGAACCAGCACCAGGAGCAGAGGAAAGGGAUGCCGCUGAAGCUACGUCUACUACAUCUGUCAGGCCAGCCUGGGCUCCUCUGGAUUCAAAUAUGCAGUCGAAAACUGUUUUGAAGAAGAAAAGAAGGAAAUUCCCAGGAAUGUUUAACGCUAACGAUUCAGUUUCAGAUUCAGAUUCAGAUUCACAGCAUUAGAUGCAAUCAUUGUAAAUUAGGAAACUGAAAGUAUCUAAUCUAUUCAAGCAUGU